UUUCUUUUUUUUUUCCUUUUUUAUUUUAAAAAUAAUGCCACGUCAAGCAAUAGCAGAAGCAAAACUUCGGAAAUUAUUAGAAUUAAAUGGAAAGUUAAAAGAUCAAUUAGAAAUAUCUCGUAUACCAGUUUCAGAAGCAAGUCGAUCUCUUAUUGAAUAUUGUCAAACAAAUCAAGAUAUGAUGAUACCUUCAGUAUGGGGCAAUAGGAAUCCUGAUCCUUUCGCAGAACCAACUGCUGGAUGUGGCUGUGUUUUAAUGUAGACAUUUAUCAAUAUACACAGUGCACAGCACACACACAUACACAUGUAUAUAUAUUUUUGUUAUAUACAUAUUUAAUGAUUAGGGGAAAAGAAAAGAAAAAAAAAAGGAGAGAGCCAUAUAUAUUUAUAUCAUUAUCUACAUUUUAUAGCUGUUUGAUUCAUUAUGUUUAUUUAUUAAAAUAUGUAUGUAUACGUUUAUCAGCUUAUUUUUAUAAUAUAUAGCUAUCAUGGUCUAUAACACAUCACUAUUAUUAUGUUACAUAACAUUACUGAGUUUCAAGUAAACUAUAAAACAAUACUAUAUUAUUUACAAGUAAUAAUAUUCUAUAUACUACACUAUUAUUUAAGAUAAUCUUCCAUGAUUAAUAUUAUUACUAUUACUACUACUACUACUACUACUAUUUCCUGUAAUUAUAUCAUUGGGAGCUGGUGUACUCAACAUAAUUUCAACUGCUCUA